GUGUCUUUCAAAGAAAUUUAUUGUUAAAAUGAGCCUUUAUUAUUCCAAAUGGAAUGAAAGUCAUGAUGACAAUGAUGAAUUUCAUAAACCCAUAUCUUUUAUUACCAAAUGUACUUCCUAUAUAAAAUCUAUUGAAGUCUUUCGUUUACUAGCAUGUAUUGGUUGCUCUACUGCUUUUUUAAUGGGUUAUAAUUUAUCAGUACUGAAUACUAUUUUACCUAUAAUCACUGGGGAUUUAGGAUGGUGUGAUAAUGAUAGUAUCAAUCCAAUUACUCCCUUUUCUUUCUUUCUUGUUGCGCUACCUAAAUUGUCAAAUCAUCAUAUGCAGUAUACUCCAUCCUCUAUUGUUAAAGUUACAUUGGAAUGCCAUGAGGCAACACCUAAACAAUCCUUGCUUCAAUCUUCCGUUAUGCUUGGUGCAGCAUUUGGUAGUAUGUUUACCGGUUCUCUAAUGAAUCGUUUCGGGAGACGCAGAAGUAUUAUACUUAUAAAUUUAGGUUUCAUAGGGACAGCUUUUUUAUCAGCUUUCUCAACAAACCUUCUGCAUUUGCUUUCAAGUCGCGUUUUAACGGGUGUGUUAACGGGUAUCGCAACCAUAGCUCCUUCUGUUUAUGUUUCUGAAAUGGCACCUUCUGCUUUACAAAAUUUUUAUAGUUUGAUUCCAGCGGUAGCUGUGAAUGUGGGCAUUUUAGCUGGUAUCAUUGUUGGAUUACCUAUAAUUUUACCCCACUCCACGACACCUUAUUCAACGUUAUCUUUAGGAGAUUGGAACUUUAAUCGUUUAUGGUGGAGACUUAUGAUGAUUUUUCCUAUACCUCUAGCUUUUUCAAUGAUUUAUUUAUUAUCUAAAUGGUUCCCUUAUGAAACUCCUAUUUUUUUACGUCUUCAAGGAAAUAUUAGCGACGCUGAACAAGUUGAAGAAAAAAUUUGGUCUCGGUAUCAAUUAGUUCCCAUGCAACAACCCGCACCACAACAACAAGAAUUGAAGGAAGAAAAACAAGAAGAACAGAUGGCAACUCAUAUAGAAUUAGAAAAAAUGAAUUGUGAUGGACUUCAAAAAAAUAAAUAUAAUUGUGAAAUGGAUUCUUAUAAAUUUGUUACGACUGAAGAAAAUCAAAGUUUUAAAAUCCCCAUUCUUUUAGCUCUUUUAAAAAAUUCUAAUGUUCGACAACAACUAAUAAUUGGUUGGAUUUUAUCUAUUUUCCAACAACUGACUGGUAUCAAUGUCUUUAUAUCAGCUUCUAAUACGUUAUUUUUAAAAGCUGGACUAUCGUAUAGUAAUACUACGUUAGCCAGUGCUUUUAUGGCUUUCUUAGCGGCCAUGUGUUUAACUCUUGCAACGUUUCAAUUUAAUCAUUUUUCAAGAAGAAAAGUGUUUGUUUUAGGAAAUCUGUGUAUGUUUUUUGUUUUACUUCCUAGUGCUAGUUCAGAAUAUGUUCUAGAACCGGAUUCAGUUUUAGUUGGAGUCACCUCCGUUUUUUCUAUUUUUGCAUUUAUAUCUAUUUUUUCCUUUUCUUACGGUCCAGGCCUUUUUGUUUAUUUAUCCGAAUUAUGGCCAUCCAAUAUCAGGGAAGAAGCAUUAUCUAUAGCCUUCAGUCUCAAUUGGGCCUCUUGUUUUAUUGUUGUAAUUAUUGCAUCUCAAUUAUCUUUAGUCAAAUGUACUAGGGUAUUUUCCUUUUUAUGUCUUUUGGGAGCAUUCUUCUCUUAUAUCUUUGUAACGGAAACAAAAAUAAAUGUCAUAGAGAAAGCAGUACAAGGACCUUUUGAAUCUUAUCAUUAUCAUGACAAAUUUGUUAAGAAAGACACAGAACUUGGAAAUAUAACAUAAGCUGAUUUGAAGGAAAAGCAUUUGAAUUGACUUUUUAUUUUUUAAUACAAUAAAAAAAAAUAAUUUGGUAUUUAUAAUUUAAAUUAACUUUUUUUUUUCGUAAUAAAAAAAAAAACUUUAGUAUUAUUACCAUUUGGAUUUUUUCAUUAUGAAACCAUAUCUCGUCGGGUUCACGGGCGGAAUGGCAGAAGGAAAAACAACAUGUUGUCGCUUUUUUCAAGAAUUGGGUGCCAUAACUUUAGAUGUUGAUUCGAUUGUGCAUUCAAUGUAUGAGAAAGGUUCCAAAGUCUACAAUGAUAUUUGUACCGUUUUUGGUCAUAAUGUGAAGGAUGAGCAAGGAAUUAAUCGGAAGGCUUUAGGUUCUAUUGUUUUUAAUAACCAACAAUCUAUGAAACAACUUACCGGUUUUUUUUUACUGGAGUUUUCCAAAUUGAGUUUUAAUUUUAUUUAAAUUGUAGAUAUUGUGUGGCCAGAGACGUUAUUAAAAAUUCAAAACGAAAUAAGACACCUCACUGACAUAUGGAGUGAAAAAAAAAACCCUUUCAUUAUUAUUAUAGAAGCGGCUGUUUUAUGUCAAGCUCGAUGGUAAAAAAAAAAAUUUUACCAUCAUUAUUUGUAUUGAAAAUUUGGGUUCAACUCAAAAAUAUUGCCUAAAAUUUUCUACUAUGGUGUAUUAAGGCAUUUAUUAAUGGACCAUAUCCUUGUAGCGUAUACAGAAGAUGACAAUUUAAUAAAACAACGUGCUUUACUUCGUCAACCGUUUUUAACAAUGGAAGCACUUGAAGCACGUCUUCACACCUCGUUUCAAUCACGUCAAGAAGUUUUAAAUCUCAUGAAGGAAAAUCCCAAAAAUUUUACUUUACUAAAAACGGGAGUUCCGUUAAAUGAAUUGAAAAAAAAUGUUAUAAAAUGUUUUCAACAUCUUGUAAAAUUGUCUGGUCAACAUUAAAUAAAUUAUAAAAAUUAUUUAGCUUCGACUUGUGUCAUUAAAAAUUGAUAAAAAUCAAA